CUCUCUGCAGACUGGUGGGCUGGGAGCUCACGUGGCCUGGGUUUCAGGGUGCUGCGUGCCGGCAGCCGUGGGACCUAUACUGAACCGGGGCGCCAUGGGGAAGCUGCGCCGGCGAUACAACGUCAAAGGGCGCCAGCAGGCGGCCCCCGACCCCUCGAAGGGCGCCCCCGAGCCGCCCCCCGUGCAGCUGGAACUAGAGGAAAGGGGCCUGCUGAAAGGAGUUGAUGCGAGCAAUGCACUAGUUCUGCUGGGGAAGAAGAAAAAGAAGACUAAAGCCCCUCCUCCAUCAAAGAAGGAGAAGAAGCCUCUGACCAAGAAAGAGCGGAAAACACUGCAGAAAAUCUUAGAACAGAAGGAGAAAAAGAUCCAGCGAGCAGAGAUGCUGCAGAAAUUGAGUGAAGUCCAAGUUUCGGAAGCUGAGAUGAGACUUUUCUACACCACAUCCAAGCUGGGCACAGGGGACCACAUGUACCACACCAAAGACAGGAAGUCUGAUGAGAUGGCAGCCCAGGGUCAGAAGAUCAGUAGCCUCAGUGGGGCCCACCGCAAGCGCCGCCACCAGGAGGCAGAAGAGGAGGAGUCCGAGUCCUCAGUGGAGUUGGAACCUGAACCUGACGAGGCCUCAGCUGCUGAGCAGCAGGAGGGUGCCACCGGGACACUACCAGCUCCACCCGGGGCCAGGGGUGGGAGCCCUGUGCCCAGCAGUCAGCCCUCUCCUGCCAGGACUCCUGUGGCCCCUCCCGCAGCAGCAUCCGCCCGAGCCAAGCCUCUGGUGAAGCACGCCGUCUUCAUCCCUGUGCACCGCUCUCCUGAAAUGCAGGAAGAACGGCUAAAGCUCCCGAUUCUCUCUGAAGAACAAGCAAUCAUGGAGGCAGUGGCCGAGCACCCCAUCGUCAUUGUAUGUGGAGAGACUGGCAGCGGGAAGACCACACAGGUGCCCCAGUUUCUCUACGAAGCAGGCUACAGCAGUGAUAGCAGCAUCAUUGGCGUCACGGAGCCCCGCCGAGUGGCCGCCAUGGCCAUGUCCCAGCGAGUGGCCAAGGAGAUGAAUCUGUCACAGCGGGUCAUUUCCUAUCAAAUCCGGUAUGAGGGAAACGUGACCGAGGAGACCAGAGUCAAGUUCAUGACAGAUGGUGUCUUGCUUAAGGAAAUCCAGAAGGACUUCCUGCUGCUGAAAUACAAAGUGGUGAUCAUCGAUGAAGCCCAUGAGAGGAGUGUGUACACGGACAUCCUCAUCGGCCUCCUGUCCCGUAUUGUCUCACUCCGGGCAAAGAGGCACCUGCCACUGAAGCUGCUCAUCAUGUCGGCCACGCUGCGGGUGGAGGACUUCACCCAGAACCAGCGACUCUUCGCCAACCCACCCCCUGUCAUCAAGGUUGAGUCCAGGCAGUUCCCAGUGACAGUGCAUUUCAACAAGCGGACACCACUGGAUGACUACAGUGGCGAGUGUUUCCGGAAGGUCUGCAAGAUCCACCGCAUGCUGCCUGCAGGCGGAAUCCUGGUGUUCCUGACAGGGCAGGCAGAGGUGCACACACUGUGCCGCAGGCUGAGGAGGACCUUCCCACCCACCAGGCUCAAGCCACCAGAAAAUGAAGAUCAGGAAGAUUCAGUAGAAGAAACUCGGAAGUUUAAGAAGUCCCGGAGGAGAGCCAAGAAGGCACAGGCAGUGACAUUGCCCCAGAUCAGUCUGGACAACUAUUCCGUGCUGCCAGUGGGUGAAGGCGACGAGGACAGGGAGGCAGAGGUGGAUGAGGAGGACGGAGCCCUGGACUCCGACCUGGACCUGGACCUGGGGGACAGUGGAGCAGGUGGAGGUGAGCAGCCAGACACCUCGCUGCCCCUGCAUGUGCUCCCACUCUACUCUCUGCUGGCCCCAGAGAAGCAAGCACAGGUCUUUCAACCUCCCCCGAAGGGGACACGGCUGUGUGUUGUGGCCACCAAUGUGGCUGAGACAUCCCUCACCAUCCCAGGCAUCAAGUACGUGGUGGACUGUGGGAAGGUGAAGAAAAGGCACUACGACCGUGUCACUGGCGUGUCCUCCUUCCGCGUCACCUGGGUCUCCCAGGCCUCGGCCGAUCAGCGGGCGGGCAGAGCAGGUCGGACAGAGCCUGGCCACUGCUACAGGCUCUACUCAUCUGCGGUUUUUGGGGACUUUGAGCAGUUUCCUCCUCCUGAAAUCACCCGGAGGCCCGUUGAAGACUUGAUCCUCCAGAUGAAAGCUCUCAACAUUGAAAAGGUCUUCAACUUCCCCUUUCCCACUCCGCCCUCCCUGGAGGCCCUUAUUGCAGCCGAGGAGCUGUUGGUUGCGCUGGGUGCCCUGCAAGCACCCCAGAAAGCAGAAAGGGUGAAGCAGCUGCAGAGGUCCCGGCUGAGCUGUCCCAUCACCGAGCUGGGCAGGACCAUGGCCACAUUCCCCGUGGCACCUCGCUAUGCCAAGAUGCUGGCGCUGAGCAGGCAACACAGCUGCCUGCCCUACGCCAUCACCAUUGUGGCUGCCAUGACAGUCCGGGAGCUGUUUGAGGAGUUGGACAGACCAGCCGCCAGUGAUGAGGAGCUUGCCAAGCUGAAGGGCAAGCGGGCCCGGGUGGCCCAGAUGAAGAGGAUCUGGGCGGGGCGAGGCGCUUCUCUGAAAUUGGGAGACAUCAUGGUGCUGCUCGGUGCUGUGGGGGCCUGUGAGUACUCUGGCUGCUCACCCCAGUUCUGCGAGGCCAAUGGGCUGCGGUACAAGGCCAUGAUGGAAAUCCGGCGCCUACGGGGCCAGCUGACCACCGCAGUCAAUGCUGUGUGCCCCGAGGCUGGGGUCUUUGUGGACCCCAAGAUGCAGCCGCCUUCCGAGAGCCAGGUGACCUACCUGCGGCAGAUUGUGGCAGCCGGCCUGGGUGACCACCUUGCCCGCAGGGUCCAGAGCGAGGAUCUGCUGGAUGACAAGUGGAGAAAUGCCUACAAGACCCCUCUCCUCGAUGACCCUGUCUUCAUCCACCCCAGUUCCAUCCUUUUCAGAGAACUCCCCGACUUUGUGGUCUACCAGGAAAUUGUGGAGACCACCAAGAUGUACAUGAAAGGCGUCUCAGCCAUGGAGGUCCAGUGGAUCCCAGUCUUGCUGCCCUCAUACUGCCAGUUCGAGAAGCCCCUGGACGAGCCGCCCCCCGCCUACUGCCCUGACAAGGGGCGGGUGCUGUGUCACCGGACCAGUGUGUUCUAUCGCAUUGGCUGGCCACUCCCUGCAGUCCAGGUGGAUUUUCCAGAGGGCAUUGACUGUUACAAGCAUUUUGCCCGGGCCCUGCUGGAAGGGCAGGUCUUCCCCAAGCUGGCCUCGCACCGGGGCUGUUUGCUGUCUAGCCCCAGCACGAUGCUGAAAACAUGGGCCAGGCUGCAGCCCAGGACAGAGAGUCUCCUGAGAGCCCUUGUUGCCAAGAAAGCCGACUGCCGAGACACCUUGCUGGCUACUUGGAAGAAAAACCCCAAAUACCUGCUGGCUGAGUACUGCGAGUGGCUCCCACAGGCCAUGCACACUGACAUCGGGAAAGCCUGGCCCCCCACUUCUGACCUCUGACCCAAAGCCUGGCUGCAGGGCCAAGGACCAGUCUGGGUACCAAGGGGGCUGGCAGUGGCCAGUUUCUAGCAUGACCACAUCGUCUGGACUGCUCCCAGGAGUCAUGUGAAGAUCUGGAAACCUUCAUUCAUCUUGGCCUGAUUCUGGGCACAGCUUCUGCCACCCUGGGCAGCCUAAACCCACGGGUGACUUUUGUAACUAUUUGUUACGUGGUGGGUAAUGGUUUUAUAUCACAUGCCAGACUGCUUUUCAGCAUAAUCAGUGGACUACAUUAUAGUCCCUUGUGGAGCAGCAGGGCAAGAGGGAGUGACCACAGGCCCUUCCUGUGCCCCCUUCCCAGCAGGGCUGUGAGUCCUCCCUGCAGCAAGGGAGGACCCCAGGUCCCACGCCACCUCCUGUGGAGUGGAGCCGCUCCCCCACACCAGUGGGCACCCACCUGCAGGCUAUAGUAAAUCUUGACUGUGAGAGCAACUACAUGCCGAGUCUGUUCAGUCCACCUCUCCAGUCUCUAAGCAUAGAUGUGGUCUUGAGGACAUUCUUCCCCCACAUACAUAUGCAUAAUGGAAACUAACUAGUCUGGGUGACGUUCACCAGCGUGAUUAUGAUGAUCACCCAGCACUGGGAGCCUGCGGGGAUGGUUGAUUUCCUCCCACAUUUACUUGGGUAUUUUCCCUAAUCAGUUUGUGCUAAUUCUGUAAUAUAAAUGUAUAAAGUCCAUAAUACAAAUGCAUAAAUAAAACAACGUUAUACAUG